AUGUAUAAACGCCUGCUCCUGGUGGUUCUUAUCGCAAACAUGGUAUUCUCUUUUAUUCCGCUCGUAAAAUAUAGUAAUUUCCACAAAAAUACAAAUUUUGUAGGUUACAAAUUUACACAACUCAGUUCGCUUGCACAAACUACACAAUCUGAUACUGGAAAUUCGAUAAACCCAACGCUGCACUUAAAUAUUAAUAAAGAUGUCUUGCCAAAGGAGAGGAUAUUGCUAUUUUUUGCAGCUCAAGAGGCUAGAAAGGCUAGAAAACUGUACAACGUAGAUAUGGAACAGCAAGUUGGGGGUUUUUUGGUGGAUUUUUUUGGCCCAAACACCAAUGAAGUCAUCGCACAUCUUAGAGGCAUUUUUCAGCAAAUUGGCGAUAUUGAUGUUACAGUUGAUGUUGCACGACAGAAUUUGAUAGAAGCGACAAAAUACUAUUGCGAUUUGCCGCCAUUUCAAAACAUUGGUAAUGCGGGUACUCGUAUUGAGCGUGAGCAACUUUGGCUAUUAGCGGCGGAAGCAUUUGCUACUGUAAUUGUAACCCUAAAGCCCACACCGUUGAAACAGCAACUUAUUAAGGCACUGUUAAUAAAUUUUUCACUAUUACCAGGGUCCACUGAUUGGCUAUCUGCCGAUUGGAUUCUUGGUACCAGUGAUUAUCACUGGGGACUUUUUGACAGGAAGAACAUGAUAGACGCCUUGCGUCUGUUAAAAAAGUGGAUUUCCAGCGAUUUUAUCAAAAGGCGCUCUCGAAGAUUAUUGGAAAAGUUGUCGGAUGAAGCAAUAUCUUCACUUUUCCAAACAAUUUUAGCGCCACUUAUAUGGGCAACUCCAUCAAUUACUGGUAGUGCUGCCUAUGAAUGGAUGCAAAAACGGCUUCUUAGGAGAUCAUUUAACUGCAAAAAACUUGAAUUGCUGGUAGAUUUGUUCAAAAAAAAUUUUACAACUGAUGAAUUAAUCGGGUUUCUUGAGUCCGCCUAUUCAGUGCUCCCGGAAGUUUCAAAUCCAGAACUACUGGACAAGGUAAAUAUAAAUUCCCUAAGAAAAUUGGCUGUGGUUGCCACUAGUCGGCUUAGGUUUAAAAAGGGGUCAAAUGGGUUUGCUAAUUCCUCUUACGUCAAUUUUAAACCUAGAGAACUGGCAAUCUUGGGAUUUGGCGGCGGCUACAUGCCUUUAUAUCCAACAAGAACAUGUUUAAUGCAAAUGUUACUGCAUUCAGAUAACUUUAACUAUGGCAGUCGUGAGUUUCAGCAGAAGCUGAUUAGUAGGUAUCGGAUGCAGAGUAGACUAUCCAAGCUGUCAUUGGAUUCACUGUACGAUCUGGUACAAAAGUCACUCUCAUCGACCGACACUGAUGCUAGUAUUGGUGACAGUAAUAUCAAUAGUGCUUUUGAAAGUAUGGAUGACCAAAUAAGCCUGAUUGGCAACUUUUUUGAUAGAAUUAAGGGUCUUCGAGUUGAGGGGAUAGUGGGACCGAUUCAGUCAAUGCAACAGAUUGAGCUGGCAGACCAAGAGACCCUAAAUAGGGUAGAGGCUAAGCUAAUAGAGGUUAUAGAGGCGGAGCCACGAACACAGUUCAUUUAUUCGGAUUGUCCGAUGCCAAAAAUCGAUGAUUUCGACCAUAAUAAUGAAGUUUGUGAUAUAGAUGGUGAAACUAAUGUCUCAAGUGAAGAAAAUUUCUCGCUCGACGCCUUAUCAAGCACAUCAUGCGAUUCUACAACCUAUUUAGAUGCGCCCGUGGUAAAUAUUGUAAAUCAGUCAAAUUCUAGCUAUCCAUCUCAAUCACAUAACCCCACUAAACAUUUAAAUAACGAUUUACCUGUGCCAUCCAUACCAUUGGACAGUGGGAGCCAGCCUGUUGAAAAUUACGGAUAUGAAAAGGGUACUAGUGGAAAUCAUGGUGUACGUGAUAAAUUUAGUUUAUGUGCCCUCCCUGAGUGCAUGGAAUCUCAGGGUCAACUUUUAGAGUUGGGAAAAGUGUCAGAGUGGAGAAAGCUAUUAAAUGACUCGCUUGCAACAGUGGCUAAGUGUAUUGUUGGCGAUGAACCCACAGGGAUUCAAAAGGAAGCUAUACCUAUGAUACUUAGCGGCAAAAAUGUGUUCAUGUGCGGAGGAUACGGGAAAACUUUGGCGGCGGCUUUACCUCUAAUCCAGCGCCUAAAAGCAGAUGAGCAAAGGGAUUGGACGGUAAGGCAGCGUAUGAGGCCAAGAAUGUUAGUCCUAGCCCCUAGUAGGGAAUUGUGCAAUGAAACGCUUAGUGUAUACAAGUCCAUUGGGCACAUUGAAAAGAUUAGUACUGAGUGUUUGGCUGGUGGCAGAUGGUUUGGGAAGCAGCGGAAGGAUAACAACAAGCUGGUGGAUGUGGUAAUAGGUACUCCAGCCAGAGUACUGCGGCACUCGAUAACUAAGAACAAUAUACGCCUAUACAACGUGAGGUAUGUAGUGCUUGAUGAGGUUGAUGAAUUAAUAGCAGGGGGCUACUCUGAUGAGCUGGAAGCUUUGUUUAAAAUGAUUCCGAGCUUCCAGCUUAUAUCCGCGGCUCCUUGGAACGCAUACCAGCAUCCACAAUUUGUACAACUUGCAGAUAAAUUCGCCAAAUACUUUGGUAAUACGACCUGCGUAUAUGAUAAUUCCUUGCACAAGGGGCCUAGUGGUUCUAUGCACCAAUUUCUGAUGAAGGGAGUUAGGGGCGGUAGGGACAAAAUAGGCAUGCUGAUCGACGAGCUUAGGUGGGGGAGGGAUAGGUUACAACAGAAUCACAAAUGUAUUAUUUUCUGCAAUACAAUUUCAAGUUGCCGUGCUGUGCUACACUCGCUAGUGGAAGUUGGGUUUGAUGCCAUGGGUUUCUAUGGCGAAGUGCCUUUAUUGCAGCGCAAGCACAAUUAUGAGAGGUUUUGCAAUGAAGGUGGGCUGUUAGUUACUACCCAGGCUAGGGGACUGAAUUUUUACGGCAACAAUAGCAAUCCAAUAAGCGUAAUAAAUUUUGACUUCCCCAAGAGUUGGAUUGAUUACAUAAUCCGGGCAAACCGUUGUAGAGGGGUUGAUGGCGGCCGUAUGACUUCACUAAUAGAUUACAAGUCAAAGUAUUUGGCCCUUGGAAUUAGCCGGUCAAUCAAGGCCAAUUUGCCACUGAAGGGAUUGUCACGGCACAAAUCUGCAUACAAUCCACUAACUGGCCGUUUACGCUACCUGACCCAGAGUGGUGGCUAUUUCAAGAUACUAAACGAGAUACGACGAGCUGAGAUUGAAGGAGAUGGCAGUUUUGACAUCUACAGCAUAAUAUCCAGGCUUCACGACAAGGAGGCUAACCCUAGGAAGAGAAGGAGCGUACGAUUAUCACUGGAGCACGAAUAUAGGAGGAGACGUAGGAUUUUCAGGGUGCUUUUGCAUAAGCUGAAAUUGAUUAAAAGGUGGAAUAGAGCUAUAAGGCUUAAGCACAAGUUGCAGCAUAAGUUUCUGAUGCCAGGAUGGAAAAGGCAGAGGUUUCCCAGUAUGAAUAAAGAGGCGCCCAUUAGGAAGGCUAUGGCCAGAAUAAUUCAACACCCAGGUACCAACUACAACUACAAAACUCAUGAACGCAAUCUCAUGCUUACCAAGAAAUUAGUUAAGAAGCAUUUGAAAAUCACCAGGCAUCUACUUUCAUUGCUUAGAUCGCACAAAAUGGGCCCGACUAAAGAUAAUACUAGUGUCAGUGAUGCUAAGAUUAGUGGUGCGGUUGAUCGAAAAUUGAGCUUGGGAGGUUUUAAAAGGACAAUUGGGGAUAGGGAUAUGCGAGCGAAGCGUAUUAGGCAGUGCGUGUUGAUCUAA